AUGGGUGCCAACUCCAGUGAGCGCACGACGCGCAUCCAUCAGCUCGAGCUGCGGCGCCGCGACAACAUCCACAAGACGGAGAGCAUCGGUCGCGAUGAGGAGGCGCGGAGGCUGAAACUCCGCGCCCUGGCGAUGCGAGACGACACCGCGGCGUUGAAGGAGAAGAUUACACAAAAGGACGCCAAGAUCAUGGCGCUGAAGAAGCAGAGCGAUGCGGUUCGCGUGGAGCUCGAUGAUGCCAAGCGAGCUGCGCGAGCGCAGGAGACGCGACUAAAGAAGCAGGACAUUGAGCUGGCCAACCUCCAGGCCGAAGUAAACUCGUUGAAUGGCUCGGUGCAAGACUCUGGCAAGGCCUUGCAGGAGAAAUUCGCGCUCAAGCGAGAACUCGACCGCCUCCGGCCCGAAAUGGAACACUUACAGUCACAGCUCGUCAACUAUCAGGCCAUGGUGGCAGAGAAGAACGACCUGCGGAGGCAACUAGACUCGGUCGAAGUGGAACUCGAGAACGAGAAGCGGUCGCGGCAGAGAGUGCAGUUCAAGGAGGACGAGCCCACCAUCAGCGACCUCAAGGCGCGGCUAGUCAAUGCCGAGAAGAAGCUGGCCGCCGAGGCCAGGGAGCGCGAGAAGGCCAAGAAGGAGCACGACAGGGAGCUCUCCGAGGCGCAGGCCCACAGCGAACGGCUGGAGGAGAGAAUCGAGUCUCUCAAGACAAAGUACAAGACGGCCCACACCGAGCUCAAGGAGACACGAACACAACUCGAACAGUGCCAAGAGGAACUUGAGCAGGCCAAGAAGAAGACUUCUCGCGCACCUAGCGCCAAGGAGGUUGCGAAGAAGAGCGUCGCGAGUGCCGCCAUCGAGUCUGGCCUCAGCCGGAAACGCCGUGCCCAGGAGAUGAGCUUCGAGGAUAUCACCAUCCAGACGCCCGGAAACGAGGACGUGGCCAGCAAGCGGCCCGCCGCCAAGAAGCGUGGUGACAAGGCAGCUCUGGGUGAAAAGUCUACGUUCUCCAUCACGCCCUUCUUGAACCGGACAGGGAAGAGCGUCUCGGAUGAGUCCCUGGAGGCGUCGGCACACGAUGAAUCCGAACUCGGGCCAGACACGACCUUUGCCGACAAGGGCGACAACAGCAAGCAGUCGCUCCCCGUGAUCGAGCCCGAGGCCCCAGAGUCUGCCUCCGAGGCUGAAGAGCCCGCACCCAAGCCAAAGGUCCAGCUCAAGGCCGCAAUAAAGACGGCUGCGUCCAAGGCGGCACCAAAGGAAGCGCCCAAGCCUCGUGGGCGGCCAAAGACGAAGGGCUUGAGUGAGGCGGCGCCCGCCCAGGCGAAUAAGACAAUCGCCAAGGCGGACGUCUCAUCCGCCGAGUCCGCAGGGGACGCCUCCAUGGAGAAGGACAAGUCCACCGAGGCGGCGCCUGUGGUGUCGGUGGCCCUGGAGCAGGAGAACACCACCGCCAAGGCUUCUCGAAAGGCGCCAGCCCUCCAGCCUAAGGCGCCAGAGGGCGACGUCAAGAAGAAGCGGCGGAAGCUCCUCGGCGCCACCAACUCGACUCUGUUCGACGACGAUGACGCCGAGGCGGUCGCCUCCAAGCCGGCCAAGCCCGCCGCGCCGGCCGGCAAGCGCGUGCGGACGCAGCUGGGAGGCGGCGUGAGGAACGCGUUUGCCGGCAGCUCGUUUUCGCCGCUCAAGAGGGACAGGAGGGGUGUUAACGCCAGCUUCCUGGCUUAG